GUGCGGUUGUGUUAUCAAUGUAGCAUAAAGUUGAAUUGGAAGUGGAUACGGCGGGCUAAGAAAAAAGGAAGGGAAUUCCGUAUUAAAAAGGAUGAGGAAGAAAAUGAGGAAGACGAUGCUGUUAUUGAUAUCACUGAGGAAGAUAGUCGGGUCAAGGAAGAGCCUGUUGAAGGUAGUGAGGAUGCUGAUGAUGUCGAUGAGAACGACAAGGAAGCUCUGAAGGUCCUCGAAGAGAGAAUGUGGAGACAUGACGGGCAAGCAGGCGUUGAUAAUGGAGAAGAGAAACGCGCUAAUGAAUUUGAGGAUUACUUCAAUGAACUUUUCCAAUAA